GUCCUCGGUGUCGCCAUGGUUCUGGUGGUGGUGAUCCUGAUCCCGGUUCUGGUCAAUGCAGCCGGUUCAGAUCCGCGCUAUGAGACUCUCAGUGCCUGCAGGAUGAUCUGUGAUCCAUACGGAUCCAACAAGAAACCAUCCCGAGCUACCGGGGAGGAUUCCCGUGACCCGCGCUCCGUCCAGCCACCCACCACCUUCCUGCGCGGACCAAAAGGGGAACCAGGACGCACAGGACCCAUCGGCCCGCGGGGUGAGCCCGGGCCACCUGGACCACCCGGUCCACCCGGAAAAGUUGGAGAUCCGGGUCCACCCGGGUUACCCGGACUGAUCAACGGGGUCGUAAACACAGCCACGUAUACUACUGUUCCUAAAGUGGCUUUCUAUGCCGGGCUGAAGAAACAACAUGAGGGGUAUGAGGUGCUGAAAUUUGACGAUGUGGUCACUAACCUCGGAAACCAUUAUGAUCCAACCACCGGCAAGUUUACCUGCUCCAUACCGGGCAUCUACUUCUUCGUGUACCACGUGUUGAUGCGGGGAGGUGAUGGCACCAGCAUGUGGGCAGAUCUGUGCAAAAAUAACCAGGUGAGGGCGAGUGCGAUUGCUCAGGAUGCAGAUCAGAACUACGACUACGCCAGCAACAGUGUGGUGUUGCACCUUGAGCCCGGUGAUGAAAUCUACAUCAAGCUGGAUGGAGGAAAAGCACACGGCGGGAACAACAACAAAUACAGCACGUUCUCCGGGUUCAUGAUUUACGCUGAUUAACACAAGGUUUGAUUACUGACUGUAAAUGUGAAUCACAACAUUCCUGGCUUCUCUCAGAGACAUUCAAAUGGCCAGUGUGUGGAGGGACAAUUAGUCCAAUUGGCAUGUAAUUACAUUGUUCGUGUAAUUACAGUGUUUACUUGUGAAUGAAAGUUGCAGUGUUAUCGGCUGGACGAGAUAUCUAUGUUGGGUAUACUGGGGUUUACAGUGUUUGGAAAACGUGUGUUGGAAACAGUGACCUUAAAUAUGUAAAUCUAAUUUACAUCACAUCUUACAUUUAAUGAAAUCACUGUGACAUACACAACAUGUUGUGUCUGUUAUUCCAACUCAUGAGCUUGUACAGCAGAAUGCGUAUUGUAAAGUUAAGAUCUAUUAAAGAUUGUUAUUUAAGUUUAGCAUGAUUAUUAACAUUGUGUUAUGUUUUAGUCACAUUUGUGGCAAUGAUGCAUUUCUGCUUUAAUAACCCAUACACAAUAUAAAAUAAAAU